AUGAAAGACCUGAUCCUUAGUCAGUUUCUCAAUCCGAAGUACAGCGAUUUGUCUAUCAAAUGUGGCGAUGAAAUCUUUCCAGCCCAUCGGAACAUACUCUGUCCCCAAUCAAAGUAUUUUGAGAUCGCUUGUAGUAGCCAGUUCAAGGAAAGCAACGGUGAGAUCAUCAUUGAGGAUAGCAAUCCCAUGCUUGUCAAAAAGAAACUCGAAUUCUUGUACACGGGCGACUAUACUUACGACGGUUCUCCAAGUACCCAAGCUCUUUUGAACUCAAAGAAUAGUUCUGAAUGCUCGUCCCAAACAUGGACAGAAAAUGAUGAGUUAGAUGCAGACACUGCACAAUAUUCAAAUCCAUCUCGAAAACCCAAUACCACAAAUUUGCAGAGCUGUCAUGCCUUCUUUCACGCUCAAAUUUACGCACAAGGUGAUUAUUUUCAGAUCAACGAGCUUAAGAAAAAAGCAAAGGACUACUUUAUGAAAUCCUUCUUGGAACAUCCCGACCGACAUUCAUUCAGCUCCUCCGUCAUUGAAGUUUACAGCUCAACAGGAGGGCACGACCGUGGCCUAAGAGAUCUUGUUGUCCAGCUCACGACCGAUAACCUCAAGACUUUGAGGAGUGGGGGUGAUCCUAUAUUCUGCAAUAGUCUUUUGGCAUCCGUUCCCAAUUUCAUGCUGGAUGUCUGUCUUUCGACCUUGGACAGGUGUGCUGAAUAUCAGAGGCAGCAAGCUGGAAUCUGGGGUUAA